CCCUUGCUUCUUUAUAAACCCUAAAAAGGAGAAUAUGUACAACUCAAGUUAACAAAAUCACCUACAUUAACCCAAUAAUGGCCUCAACUUACCAGGACGAUCAACAGUACGAUGCAUCCGCAGAUGAGGAGAUGGCAGCGUUCCUCUCUGCGGUGUAUAUAGCCGGAGCCUACGCUGUCCCGAUGACUCUAAAGGCAGUCAUCGAGCUUGGCGUGCUCGAUAUCAUAGCCAAUGCUGGUCCUGGUCGGCAGCUGUCUGUCGCAGAGAUUGUGUCGAACAUUUGCACGAAUAAUGCACAGGCCGCGACGGUACUCGACAGGAUGCUGCGGUAUUUGGCCAGCAGCUCGAUCCUGACUUGCUCGGGGACCGAGGGUGCUGGCCGUGUCGAGAGGCGGUAUGGGCUUUCACCGGUGGGCAAGCUUUUUGUUGGUGUCAAGGAUGGGGGAGCAUCUCUUGCUCCUUUGAUCAUCAUGGACCAGCACAAGGCUCGUCAAGAUAGCUGCAUGAUCCUCUUAACUAGGCAAGAACUAAAGCAUGCUGUUCUUGACGGAGUGGUCCCCUUCGAGAAGGUCCACGGAAUGAAGUAUUUUGAGUGCAUGAGAAGUGAUCCUGAAUUGAGUAGAAUUUUCAACAAUGGCAUGUCAUGCACCUCCACUCUCAUCCUGAAAAUUGCAGUGGGUGGCUACCCGGGCUUCAAAGGCAUUCAAAAGCUCGUAGAUGUUGGUGGUGGUACUGGAGCCGCUCUUCAAAUGAUCGUCUCCAAGUUUCCUCAAAUGAACGGAAUUAACUUUGAUCUCCCUCAUGUCAUCUCUCAUGCGCCACCAAUCAAAGGAGUGGAACACGUUGCGGGAGAUAUGUUUGAUAGCAUUCCAAGUGGGGAAGCAGUCUUCAUGAAGUGGAUUCUUCAUGACUGGUCUGAUGAAGAUUGCAUAAAGAUACUGAAGAAUUGCUUCGAAGCUCUACCAGAUUCCGGGAAGGUGAUCAUUGCAGAAUUUAUCAUCCCUGAGGUCCCCGACGAGGACACCAUGACUCAAACCAUGCACUACGCAGAUCUUUGCAUGUUGAACUUCUGUGAGGGAAAAGAGAGGACCAAAGAAGAGUUCGAGUCCUUAGCAACAGAAGCAGGCUUCUCAGAGUUAAAGCUUGUUCCUUCUGCGUUAGGCAUUCCAUUGAUCGAGCUCUACAAAUAAUAUAUUGUUCAUGUCUAUGUUUUGUUUCUACUAUGUCUCUGCUUGAGAACGUUUAUUCCCUUCAUAUUUGUCGCGCUAGUUCAGAUCAUGUGAUAAGGUCCUUAUGUAGUUUGCUUGGUCGAGUUUCCUGGAGUUACUAUGUCGACGUAUUUAGUCUAAUGUACGUUUCAAUUCAAUAAAAGAUCGUACACGAAUAUUUGAUUUGA